AUCGACAUCCGGGGUUUUGGGACUUCUGCUGUAGAGAUCAUCUUGUAGGAAGUUGGUGUGCUGUUCGACUCAUAUUUGUCUCCCAGUGUGUUACGAUUCUAGAAUUCUACUCUACACAGUAUUCGACUAGUAGACUCGGUUUGAUUCGAUUGGGGCCCCAACGAGGAUGGCGAUGAAAACAAAAUUUAGUGUGACGGCCUACGACAUUGGGCGCGUGGCUCUGGUGGCCGCAGCCAACGUCGCUCUCGUUUACGGCAUACGUUGGGUGUUGAGAAACCUCGACCCGGCGCGACGAGAACGCGAGAAAGCGGAGAAGCAAGCCGUUCAACUGCUCGCCAAGCUGCGUCUAACGCAUCUCAAGCUAAGCGAACACGAACUGGCGGUGGCAGCCGACCUGGUGGACACGACGGCAUUGAAGUUUAGCUGGUCGGCUAUCGGCGGUCUCGAGUCAGUCAUCGAGCAGUUGAAGGACAAUGUCAUCUUGCCGCUGUCCCGACGGGAUCUCUUUAUCGGGUCUCCUCUUCUCAGUCCGCCACGUGGUGUGUUGUUGUACGGUCCUCCGGGCUGUGGUAAGACCCUGCUGGCGAAGGUACUGGCUAAAGAGGCCGGCUGCAACUUCAUUAACCUCCAGUUGUCCUCCCUGGCGGAUAAAUGGUAUGGAGAAUCCCAGAAGUUGGCUGCUGCUGUUUUCUCUUUGGCUAUGAAGCUGCAGCCCGUUGUUGUGUUUAUUGAUGAGAUUGAUGCCUUUCUACGAUCACGACAGACAAGCGAUCAUGAAACGACUGCGAUGAUGAAGGCUCAAUUUAUGAGUCUAUGGGAUGGACUCGACUCUGACUCGAGUGCUCGGAUCGUCAUAAUAGGAGCAACGAAUCGUCCACAAGAUGUGGACUUAGCCAUACUGCGGCGGAUGCCGUUGAGAUUUGCCGUCAAUCUACCAACAACCAGUGAACGAUGGACGAUCCUUAAAGUCAUACUUGCUGACCAGGAGCUCGACGACGAUGUCGAUCUGAAACGUGUCGCCGAGUACACAGAAGGCUACACGGGCAGCGAUCUGAAAGAGCUCUGUCGUAAUGCGGCUCUCAGCUGUGUCAAAGAUACUUUAAAGAACGAGUGUGCCCUCAAUGAAACACCAGUGGAUGCUGACACCACAGACAGUACAAGGAUUCGACCAAUCAGAAUGUCCGAUUUGGAAGUGGGACUGCAGUGUCAAAGACAACAGUCCCUGGUGACUGUGACCAGCAUAUGAGAGACAAGACGGUCAUUACAACUGUUUGACUUGUGUGUUAUCUGUUGUCGCGGUAACGUCAUAGACUCUAGUUGACCUUCCUGCGAGCAGAGUUCCCAUGUGGAAACGAGUGUACAUAGACUCUAGUUGACCUUCCUGCAAGCAGAUGUUUCCAUGCGGAAACGAGUGUACAUAGCACUGCAUUCGCUUAUUGCCGACGUCAUCUGUGGGGUGGGUGUGUACUUUGUAGUGGUGCGAGGCUAUCAUGUUGAUAUUGUUUGCAAUCUAAUGUGUGAAC